AUGGACUCACACCCGCCACCGCCGCCGUCGGCACAAUCUGCCGAGCAUCAGAAACACAUGCGACGAUCACACAAGAAGUCCCGUAGUGGCUGUGGAAAUUGCAAGAAACGGAGAAUUAAGUGCGACGAAACAAAACCCGAGUGCAAGAACUGCACCGCCUUCGGUGCACGGUGCGACUAUGUCAGCGGCACGGAGACGCUGCAAGACGCCGCACUGGACCGUUCUUUCUUCCUGAACACGCAAGGGCCGCGAACACGUGGGAAGCGCGGCAGGCCGAGGACGAGGUGGAACCAGGCACAGCUGGCAACCACUUCGGCCGAUGGAUCGUCCUCGUCCCAGGCCGAGUCUACUCCCCCUGCCCUGUCAGCGUCCGCCCCUCAGCCUGCAGACCCCGAUCCCUCGAAUAAUACUCCCGGCUACGGCGACGAGAUCCAACUGCUCCACCAUUUCCUCACGCGGGAAUACGAAGGCUCCGACGGUGAGCCACCAACCUACGAUGCUCUUCGCCUGCAGGCACCCAAGUUGGGAUUCGCGUAUCCAUUUGUCCUUCACCUCGUCUAUGAGUUUGCGGCGUUGGACUUUGCGCGGCUGCAGCCGCCGGAGAACCGACAGCAUUAUCGCUCGCUGGCCGCGCACUACUCGACACUCGGCUUGAACGGAGUCACCUCGAUGUUGUCCCAACUUGAUGAAGACAAUUGCCACGCUGUUUACACCGCGGCUGUUUUUGCCUGCAUCAAUGCCUUUGCUCGAGGCCCUCAACCGGGGGAAUAUCUUUUGUUCAGUGAACAUGGUCCUCCGCAGUGGCUACCUCUAAUGAGAGGAGUACGGACAAUAGUCGAAAUGAUUGGCAUAGAGAAAAUUGCCGGCGGCCCACAGGGUGAUCGUCCCGUGAAUCCUUCCCCCAAGGCUAGUGAGCCUGCAGCAACUGCCUGGAGAUUGGUCCAACUCGUGUGGAUCGACCACUUCGAUCAUCUGCAGGGAUUUGUGCAGGCUUCAGGCGGGCCGGAUUUCGCAAUCAACUUAAAAGCUCUCUUCCAACUUCGGAUGUGCUACGAGGCAAUACAUGGUGGAGCGGACGCAACCUAUCAAGGGAAUGCAGACCAUCAGAACUUGUUUAUUUGGACCUAUCAGCUGGAGGAGGACUACACAGAUCUUCUGCAGGAGAGGAACCCUGUUGCUUUGAUCAUUUUGGCCCAUUUCGCACUACUCCUCAGAAAUUUUGAAUGCAUCUGGUUCUUGCGGGGUUGGGCUGAUCAUCUCAUCAACGGGGUACGGAAAUUCCUCGAUCAGCAUCAUCAAGUCUGGCUUGAGUGGCCAAUUCAGCAGGUGGAGAUUAUCAAAGAGAACGAGAGACAAUGUUUUUGA